CCCCCCAUUCCACGGACUCCUUUCCCUUUUCCGUGGGGGGUUGUGAAAGCGUCCUGCCUGCGUCGAAACAAUUUUGCCUUCGAAUGGUUGGCAAAUGAGAUGUCGUGAAAAUGGCGACAAGAUACACGGGUCCUCUAGGUUCUCUGGAUUCAAGCGCUUUCAGCAGUAAUCGAUGAACGGUGUCCAACGAUCAAAUCGUUACGGCGACACUGGACGCAUGGCGUGGCGUGAGUGAGUGACGUUAAGUGCUCUGUGUGUUCUUUUCACCGUUUGAAAAUUUGUCAUCGAUCCCACUCGAGCGCAAGAAUUUCCAUGCAGCGCUAUCGAAGUUCGAAUUACCGAUGACUUGUUAAACAUCAAAUUGUGAAGUGUUGUGACCAGGAAACUAGUGAUAUUGGUGGUUUAUCACAAGGAAUAUCUGUGUGUGUGUUGGAGUGUAAAAAGUGAAGAAAAUUGCACUCCGGGAAAGCGUUGUGCUCGAUUGUGUGAAUAAUUAAUAACGGCGGCCUCGAUUGGGUUCUGGAGCGCUUACGCCAUCAUCCUGCAGAGUGACGGUAAAAGUGAAGCGUGAAAACCCAUUCCCCAACGUAUCUGAACCAAAAGUGUGUGUGCGUGUGCGUGUGUAUGUAUGGAAUAGCAUAAAACCGUCGUUAGAAAAUCAUGGCAUUUGUUUCCGGAGACUCCAAGGAUGGAUUAAUAACCCCGGACCAUGUACGCAGUGCGCAAUUUCUCCUAUCCCUAGGAUAAAGGUAGUGAAGCAGCAGCAACAGUAUAUUUGCUCGGGCAGUUUGGUUCUUUAUAGCAUCUACCAGUACCUCUUCUUCGCGGUGUACAAAGAUUGAGAUUGGUGCAAACGCAAGCAUCGUUAGAGAAGGCGGGGUUCCGUCUUCUCUCGGGUAUACGCCAUCGCACCAUGACGCAACUGGAGGAUGACGACCUUUUGAACAAUUUGCUCAAAAUCCCGGGCACCAUCAUCAUCUACAACAAUGAUAUGAGCUCCUACGAUUACGUGCUAAACGCUCACAAUGUAACGCUCCCGCUGACACCGGCCGCCUCCACCGCCGGUUCGGCCACGUCGGAACAAUCGGUGGACGACCUGAACAGCAGCGCAUCGAUCGAUGCGGACGUGACAUCUUCGCCGGGUCCCACGAACCAGGCCGGAUUUUCGCACCUGCCUUGCGUCAGUUCGCCCAUCUCCGUAGCGCUCGACACUCCUGCCAGCUCGGAACUGGACCAGAGCUUUGGCAGUGUGGAAACGGCCGGAGUACCGGGUGUAUCAUCAGCAACUGGAGAUGCCAAUGGAACCGGGUCGCUGCUCGCUACGGCCGCAGAAGACAUCAUCGAGGGUGACGAGCUGGAGUACGAGGAGAUGGAAACCGGAACGCUAGAGGAAGCGCGCGAAGGGGAGGAGGACGACGAUGACGAUUCCGAGCCGGAGCUGACCAAUCUGUCCUGGCUGACGGAGCUGAAGAACAUCACCAACCUGACGCCGUCGGACGCACCGCUGACGGAUUUGCCAACGGCACGGUUUAACAAAUUUAUCGCCCAAGUACGAAGGAGCCGGGAGACGUACGACAAGCGCAAAGAGCAGUACACGUCACUGGCGAGCUCGCUGGAAAAACCACCCUUCAACUAUGCACAAAUCAUCGCCAUGGCCAUGCUGGAGGAGGGCCGCAUGACGCUCAAGCAGAUAUGCAAAUGGAUUCAGGAAAAGUUUGCCUACUACAAGGUGCACAAAAACUGGAAUAACUCUAUCCGGCACAAUUUGUCGUUGAGUUUUUUCUUCACCAAAGUACAACGGGCCAAAGACGAGAAGGGCAAGGGAGGCUACUGGGAGCUGUCGAUGGAUGUGUCAAAAAGCGAACGGCGCCGGGUGCGCGUUCGGCAACGGAACAAAGCAGCCGGCAGCAAUGGCGUACAGUGCAAUCGGCGAACGCUGGCGUCGGCACGGUUCGAUUCUAAGGGAUCGUCGAACGGACCAUCGGACUCUGCUGGCACUACUAAUAAUAACAACAACGAGCAAACGGUUAACAACAAUCUUCCCAAGUAUCCAACGGUGUCGGUAAGCGAUACUGCGCCGGAAACGAUCGCAACUACCACCACCAGCUCAUCACAGGCGUCCACGAACGAGUGCGUUUCGCUGGGUGACUCGCUUGCACCGCACCGGGAACAACAGCUAACCACACUAGACAGCAACAAUAACAACUGUUUAGAGCAGCAGCAGCAGCAACUACCAACAUCCGGUCCCUUACAGGUACAGAACGUGAUGAUCGACAUUAUCGACAACUACAGCAAGUCGACGAUCGAUACCACUGUGUUGCCAGCAGUAGCACCCACCCUAUCCGGUGCACUGCAACUGUCCGGCGAAACACACCUGUCUACCCUGCAGCCGGUCGCGGAGCUACCGGUCAACGAGGAACAACUGAUGCGGGCCAGCGCCAUGGUGGACGGUUGUACGAUCAAUUUCGAUUCCAUCAUCAAUGGCGAAACUGGGGCCAGCAUUUUCAGCAAUCUCAACGUGGAUGAGAUCUUCUCCGACAACGAGAUACCGCAGCCAGCGAACGAUGAUAUCAUUGUGCCAUUCUUCAGCAACGUCCAGCAGGUCCAGGCCGGCCCGAACGUGGUCGUGGAAACGAUACCGUACUAUCUGCCCGACAUGGGCCACUUCGACGAGAGCGAUUUCGGCAAUCUGAUCAACAUCAACGAACAGGAGAUUAGUGACGAGUUCCUCAACGAGCAUGGAUUUCUUUAGGAAGUUCCCGAGCAGGAUCUUCAAGGUUUUCGGGGACCGAAGAAGUUAUCAGUCUUUUUUUUGUGAGUCAGUGGGUUUUAAAAUAAGCCUUGUCUCUAUAUCUCUCAAGCCCCCAGUGUCCGUUACGUCCAAGUAGUAAAAUUAAGUAGGGAAACAUGUCUAGUCUCGUCCAAUAUAGGCGUAAAGAUAAAGCAGCCGAAUGCAGUCCAGACUGCAUGCAGCGCGCUCACUUAGCAUUAGAAAUAGCGGAUUAAGUGCAAGUGCGGCGGUUAUAACUAGUGAGGUGCUCUUUGGAGCGCACCCACGACUCCGAUCGGACUCCGGCUAUUGCUAGUCUGAUUCCAACUCCGGCAAAAUCCGAACCACUAGUUCCACCCGGAUUCGGAAUCGUCUGGAGUCGUCCGGAGUCGUUCGGAGUCGUUCGGAGUCGGCGUCGCCCGGAGUCGUCCGGAGUCAUCGAAAACGUACGGAGUCGGCCAGAGUCGACCAGAGUCGUAGUUAUUCGAAGUCGUCCAGAGUCGACCGGAAUCGGAGUCGGUCGGAGUGAACAGGAGCCAUGUGCUUGUGAUCAGGCGUAUCAUUUCGUUGUUUUUUUUUUUGUUUUUCGACUCCUAUCGUCCGUUCGUACAAUCCGACGACUUCGGCUCCAACCGAUUCCAGACGACUCCGACGACUCCCAACGACUCCGACUCCCAACGAAUCCGACUCUCAACGACUCCUACUCCCAACGACUCCUACUCCCAACGACUCCGGCCGACUCUGAAUGACUCCGGAUGACUCCAAAUGACUCAGGACGACUCCGGGCGAUUCCGGACGAUUCAGAACGACUCCGGAUAAAGCUGGACAGACCUAUCUUCCGGAGUCGAUUCCUAAAUUAUCGGUCGGUUUUUGCCAACUUCACCCAUCACUAGUUAUAACGCGGAAUGGUGGUGCAACUCUAGCAAGCUCGCCUGAUGGGACAGGUUUGUACUGGGAAAGCCACAGCGACAGGCACUAUUGUAGCGCUACAGUCUUUUUAGUCGUGUACCAUUCUUUGAACCAUUCUUCGAUUCGCAAACGAGUUUGCUCUUCGUCAUUUUGUAAAUACUUAUUAAGUGCAUGGAUAAGUGAUCGAUAGAGAAUGAUCCAAUAAAACAGUUUUCAUUUCAUCAGA